AUGCGUUCCUUAUUCCUGCUACCGCUUCUCGCUACCGUAUCCCUGGCCUUUGUCAAGGCCACCCCCAAGGUUCCUAAGUGCAACUGCAACCAGACGCAAACCUGCCGCGAGUCGAUCAUCUCGGAAGUGAGCCCGUGCUUCGACGAGUGCCACUAUCACCUGGAGGUGCUCGGCAAGUCGGACAGCAACUUCCUCGAGUGCUUCACCGACAAGAACAUCCAAGGCUUCACGAAUGCCGAGAUGUGCCUCCUCGCGGAAGUCGGAGAUCUGUGCACCAACUCCACGGAGACCGAGUACAUGGUUCAGCCCGAUUACACCCCGUACACCAACUUCCACUACCGCAACCAGAGCGCCCAGAAGCUGUACACCAACUUCGAGAAGAAAGCCCACAAGACCUUCCAAACGUUCCAAUCCUUCUACCACUGCGCCAAGCACUGCGUCCACAAGAAGAUGCUCGAGUGCCUCAUCAACGUCGAGCAGUGCGUUGUUGAACUCCCGAAGCUCGACACCUUCAUGGAGUCGAUGAACAACUGCGCCAAGAACCACAAGCUCGUCCAUCUGAACCUGUGG